GCUCCCCUUUUGGAAAGCGGAGAGAGGAGGGGUGGGGUGUAAGCCUGCCCACAUCAGAAGCACGUAGCACAGCCAUUAUUUUGAAUGAAUACGAAAGAAGCGCUGAAAAUCUCGUCAAAAUGCGGGGUGUCUAUUCCCCAUAGCAUAAAACACUGUAUACAUCGGGUCUAGGUUGGAAUGGCGUGAGAAAUAUGUCACGGUAGAGGCCGACUCUGACAGCGGGAGCUGCUGUACAAGUUGUCCGCCCUGUAUACGGCCGCUGCCGGCGGCUCUUCCCCGGCGUCCCGGUACUCCCGAGCCCCAUGCAAAACAUAACGGUACAGGGCAGCUCCAUCAACUCGAACUCAAAUGUCAUUUGCUCCUGCAACUGCACUGGAUCCCAGUCACAGGGGAUGGAUAUAUCUGAACUGGAGUUUGUUCAGAUAGCCGUCAUAAUGGUGGUGAUGACGGUGGUGGUGGUGGUCAUUUGUCUGUUGAAUCAUUACAAGCUGUCGGCACUGGCCUUCUUCAGCAGACGGACAAACAGCCACACCCAGGAUGGACAACAGGACCAGAACAACACACAACUGGAUGGCUGUGUGUGGCCGUCAGACUGCUUGGUGACAGAGCAGGAAACCCCCGAAGUGAUGUAUAGACCCAGGUUGAACCAGGAGAGGUUCAACCCUCCAUCCUUUAUGCAAAGGGAGCGCUUCAGCCGUUUCCAGCCCACCUACCCCUACCUGCAGCAGGACAUCGACCUGCCGCCCACCAUCUGCCUGUCUGAUGGGGAGGAGCUGCCUCCCUACCAGGGCCCCUGCGCCCUCCAGCUGAGAGACCCGGAACAGCAGCUGGAGCUGAGCCGAGCCUCCAUCCGAGCCCCCCCCAAUCGAACCAUCUUCCACAGUGACCUGAUGGAUGUUUACGUUCAGGGAGGAGCUCCUCGCCCGCCCAGCAGUAACUCUGGCGUCAGCGCUGUGAGACGCAUGGAUGGAUCGCCCCCCACGUACAGCGAGGUUAUGGGUCACUACCCAGGAUCCUCAGCUUUUCAGAACCAGUACAGUAAUAACGAGUCCUUGGACCAGCAGAUCAAAGACAGGACUGUGACAGACAUAGAAAGAGACAGGCAUAGCUACAACAAAAGCACAAGCACCACAGGCUCUUCUGGCUCUGGCGGGGUCAAGGAGGUCAAAGACAAUGUCAGUGAUAAGGUCAAGGAAAAAGAGAAGGACCGAGACGGUCUACGAGUCAAACCAGUCUGAUCAUAGAGAGGGUGUUGUACCUGGGUAAUCCCAAAUUAAACCCGCCCCUCUGGGCUGAAAGGGAGUGGCUUUCUUCUCAGCACUCUCCAUGCACAAUAUGAACCAACCUGAGGAGCAGAGCUUACAAACAGUCUAUGUACUUUUUUCAGUAUUUUAGAGCUGUGGGCAUCGCUUUAACUCAAAGGAUCAUUAGCUCAUUAAAUGUUUGUUUAUUUAGGCUUUUCUUUAUUUACGAUAACAAGAUGUGGUUGGAAAGACGGUUCCUGAUCAGACUUAUGGCUUUUAUUGUUAAUUUUCUACUUUGUUUCCUCUUAGUCUUCAAACCCAUCCAAAUCCAAAACAGAGUGCCAUGAUUCAUAGCACUUAAAUCAAGGAGAUAUAACAAAAAACAGAAACCUGAAGUUGCACUAACUUAUUGUUUUACAACAGGGGAUGCUUCUCCUAGUCUAGUUAUUCUCCAUUGUUCUGUUGUCUCUGAGUGUGACUGAGUGAUGUGGUCUUUAACCAUUAUAACAGAAGGUUUUUCUGUUAUUUUCCAAAGCUCUGCUCCAUCCCAGCAUCUGCUGAAGCCAACUGCCACUUGGCAGUUAAAUAUAUUCAUCCUCUUAUAGUUAUAUAUCUAUUCUCCAAUUCUAUUUCUUUACUCACAAGCCACUGAUUAAUGUCACCUUGGUAAUUAUGUUAAUUCAGUGUGCUCUAGUCGUUGGGUUACUAUUGCUUUAAACCUGUUCAGUAGCACUUUACAUUUCCUGUCUAUUACAGUUGUCAUGGAUAUGAAAAUGCAAAGAGUCAUGCGAUAUUGAAUGCUCAAUGGUUGAUACCUUUGUAGUCUUCUGUACAUCCGAAUGAUCCCCUUGAAUUUGAUGUCCUUUGUUUCCAUGAAAAUACAGAAAUCAACAGCAGAUAUGAAGCUGGAUACAAAUGCAGUGUGUUCUAUACAUAGGUUUGAUUGUACCCAGGCUGUCUAUCUGGCAGACAAGGCAUCAUGAGUACCUAGUAACCUCAGUAGAGAGCCUGGAAUUAGAGAUUUCAGUUAAUGUUUUUGACUUCUGAAGUGCGCCUUUUUUAUUUUUUAUUGCUCUUUACACAAAUACAUUACAGCAACUCUUUCCUUUUUUACUUAAAUGUUUUACUUUUUAUGUUCAUAUUAGCUAAUUGGAGGUUUUGGCCCAACUGAAAUGAGGACCAGGGACAUCUGGAUUAAAAAGGAUUAGAAGUUUGGACAGAAACAUCAACAUUUCACUGAUACCUAAAGAUUUGUCACCAUGGUUGUAAGAGUUGAAGGUUUUCGUUUUAGGUUUUAAAACCUGGUUAUUGUUUGGGAGCCAAACUUUUAGGAGCAGCUUGAUCUGUGGGCUUCCUGUUGGACAGAACACAUAAAACUAUAUCAGAGAUCAGAAUAUUUAUUGUUAUUUAUUUAUUUGAUGUGAAACCUAUUGGAGGGUAUUUUUCUUUUUGUUUCCAUGAAUGGCCAAGCCACAUGUAAGUGCCAGCUGCAUACUCUCAUUUACGUAACUCCCAGGCCAACAAUUUAGUAGAGUUUAAAGGACCAGGGUGUGUAGAGUUUAAAGGACCAGGGUGUGUAGAGUUUAAAGGACCAGGGUGAGUAGAGUUUAAAGGACCAGGGUGAUCGACAGGCCUUUGCUUGUAUCCAGAAUAUCUAAGCCACCGUUUCUCCAUCCUGUCACUCAUUCUGAGAGCAGCUUUGAGUGAGUCUGUUCUUCAAUACUGCUGCUGCUGUCAAAUGCUCCCAUGUAUGUCGGCUUUCAAUAUGACUUAGUCUUUGCUAAGACCUUAUUUAGACUUUAGAUAUAAGAUGUUUGUGCUCUUUUUUAUGUUAAUUUUUUUGCCUGUUGCUCUUGUAGUUUAGGUAGAACGGAUAACAUUUAAAAAAAAUCAGUUUAUAGGAGGUUUGCAUGUUACAAUUAUGUGAGCAAUUUUGGUGCCUAAAGAUGAUGUCGAGCAGGCCUACAGGAGAUGUGUCGAGCAGGCCUACAGGGGAUGUGUCGAGCAGGCCUACAAGGGGAUGUGUCGAGCAGGCCUACAGAGGAUGUGUCGAGCAGGCCUAGGAAACCACUUGCACUCUACAUCCCACUUCGUUGUGCCUCUAAUAAUGGUGCUGUCUUCAGCUUCACUCUGUUUAUUGGCCCAGUGUGUAACUCUAAUAUAUUAUGCACAUAUUCUACCCAAUGGGUAGAACCCCCAACAGAACAUAUUGUUAAUACUGUAAUAUGGAUGUAUAGAUGAUGAUGAUAUUAAACAAAACAUUGUUAAUACUGUAAUAUGGAUGUAUAGAUGAUGAUGAUAUUAAACAGAACAUUUAACAUGGCAAGAAGGCAUACAUUUUCUUGUGAAUGCCUACAAUCUGCUUUGACUUUUUGUAUC